UUGUAGGCAUUUUUACUAUGUAAUUGAUAUUUAUUUUUUCAGCUCAUUUGUCUCAUAAAAUAGUAAACCUAAUUUAUAAGUCGACCAUAUUUUAACAGUUAUAUUUAGAGUUUUGUAAUGCUUUUGAAUUGUAGGCCGUAAAAGUACAUAAGUAUAAGAGCAUUUGGUGAGAGUAAACCAAUAAACUUAAUGUUUAUUGACUAGGCAUUCCUGAUGCUAGUUUAAGAGCAUGUGAAAGUAUAUUGUUGACUUGAUACAUUAUCACAUUUCUUAUAGUGGUUGUUUAUUGAGAAACAAGUAUGAGUAAUCCUAAUGUAUGUGGAAGUACAAGUGGGAAUGAUAAUACAUGUGGUUCAGGAAAAAGGGGAAGAGGCCAAAGGGGAAGAACUAAGGCUCAUGAUAUUAUAAAUAUGCCAGAUGGUGAGAGAAUACAAAUUGAAGUAAAUGAGUGGGGACAACCAUGUGAAGGCGAGUCAACAGCAAAAUUAACUACAUGGAUUGGAACAUUAGCAAGGAAUCAUCUAUAUUGUCCAUUGACAUACCCUAAGUGGACAAACAUACCACAAUCAUACAAAGAAGAUUGUUGGAAAGCAAUAACGGCCAAAUUUAUCAUCCCUGAAGUUUCCAAGACAUGGUGCUUAGAUAGAUUAGCUAAACGGUUGAAGGACCAUAAGUGUGACUUGAAGGCCGAGUACUACAGUAAGUAUGAUUCACCCUCUGAUCGAAGGAAAAAUAUUGAUCUUCAACUUAUACCAUUGGAGCAAUGGGAUGCGCUACUGAAGUUGUGGGAUGAUAAAAAGCAUAAGGUAAUGUACAUCUAUAAAUGUGUUAUAUUACUUUAAAUUGUUGAUAUUUUCUCACUAAUUGAAUGGUUGUGAC